AUGGACGAGAAGACGGGACCAAAUGUUCACAGUCAUGGUGUGGAGGAAGGUUCAGCUCCCCCUGAAAGUAAUGAAUACUACUCUUCUGGAGAAGUAAACAUGGAGGCUGCAAUAUCAACUGACGAUGUCAUUCGAGCUGGAGGCUUUGGAGCUAGAGAUGAUAUAGGUAGCCUUCUUCCUGUUGCUAGUGACUCGACCGACUUCGAGGCGAUGAUCCUUAAUGCUAAGGACUACGAAGGGCCACAGGCGGAACAACGAAGACCUGGUCUUGGCUGGAAAGAUGCAUCUGAAGGAGAAAAAUCGUCUUCUGUUCGUCCCUAA